ACUGCCGUGUUUCAUGCUGGUGACUGUCUCUCUCUCUACCUGUGUGAUUUAUUUCUGUGAUGAACAGUAGGAAGUCAAGUUUCUUUAUCAUUUUAUGUCUUAAAAUGUAAACUAUGGCGGUCAAAUAAUACUGGUAUCACAGUCGAGUCAGUCGGACCGAGCUGGAAUUAUGUUGCCUGGCGUCUUUUAUGCCUUAAUGGCGGGGUUUCUGGCAGCUUUAGCAUCAUCUUCUGCUAAGUUGUCCCUGGGUGCUGAUUAUCUGAAAGAUGUGUGCGAAACAGGGCUGAAGAUCUGGACAGAUGGACAGGAGAACACUGAUGGAGUUGAUACCACAGCUUGUGACUGGUUACAUAUACCCCUGCGGCUGCUUUGUGGUGGUCUUCUGUUCACCUGCAAUGCUGUGAUGUGGACCUUCUUCGCCAAAGCCCUCAGGCACUCGUCUUCCUCUGCCCGAGCCACUGUGACCACCACUGCCUCAAAUUUUAUAUCCUCUGCUUUUCUUGGACAUGUGAUCUUUGGUGAAACUCAUGCCACGCUGUGGUGGGUUGGCAUCAUUUUGACCCUGACAGGGCUUUACGUCUUGCAUGGAUCAACUUCUCAGGCUACACGGGAAAAUGUGGAUAAGAAAUAUGAUUGACAGAAGAAAACAGGGAGCAACAAUUCCUUAUCCAGUGCCUGAACUGAAAUCAGUCAAGUGAAAGGCUGUGAAAAAGCACUAAGCGCAAACAAGAAUUAUGCACAAUUGUGUGAUAGAAUUAUCUAUGCUAAAUUUAUGGUUUUUCUGUCGUAGGAUUGCUUUUGUAGUUAACUUAUUUUGAUGCAUCUGUGAAAAUAAUGUGAGAAAUUACACGAUGCAAAGCCUUGAAAUGUGUAUGACUUCAAGCCUAUAGUCAUGCAGUGGACUUGCUCUAUAUCUUGCCUCAAUCAUGUGGGUACUUGCAUACAAGUUUAUAAUAAAUCAGUUUAUACUCUUGUUUA